GGACUUUUAGUGUGGCGAUGUGAGGUCAUAUGUCUGCGCCGCGCUGUUGUGACUCGGCUGAAGAAAGAGAGUCCAAAUGCACACACAAAAAACUCCUGCUGAAGCAGCUGAGAUCCACGUCACAUAGGCUACUGUUAUAACGAUGGCAUUUAUUAAAGAGGAGACUGAAGACAUUAAGAUCGAAGACGCAAUCACAGUGAAACAAGAAGAUACUGAAGAACAAACAGACCUAAUGACGUUGAAAGAGGAGAGUGAUGUACUAAAUGAAUCGGAAGAGAAAAGUCGGUUUGAGAAACAUCAUGAUUUCAUUACUGGGGAAAAGUCCACAAAGACUGAAAUGGAGUCCUCACCAAAAACAGCUCAGAAGACCGAAUCUAACAGUUACUUCAGCUGCCGUCAAUGUGGAAAGAGUUUCAGUAAAAAACGAAAUCUUGAAGUCCACAUGAGAAUUCACACUGGAGAGAAGCCCUUCACCUGCCAACAGUGUAAAAAAAGUUUCACUCAAAAACAAAACCUUAAUGUCCACAUGAGAAUUCACACUGGAGAGAAGCCCUUCACCUGCCAACAGUGUAAAAAAAGUUUCACUCAAAAACAAAACCUUAAUGUCCACAUGAGAAUUCACACUGGAGAGAAGCCCUUCACCUGCCAACAGUGUGGACAGAGUUUUACGAAUAAAGGAAACCUUAAUGCCCACCUGAGAAGUCACACCGGAGAGAAGCCAUUCACCUGCCAGCACUGUGGGAAGAGCUUUACACAAAAAGUAAACCUUGAGGUUCACCUGAGGCUUCACACCGGAGAGAGGCCUUUCAUGUGUCUUCAGUGUGAGAAGAGUUUCAUAUAUAAAAGGGACUUGNAAGUCCACAUGAGAAUUCACACUGGAGAGAAGCCCUUCACCUGCCAACAGUGUAAAAAAAGUUUCACUCAAAAACAAAACCUUAAUGUCCACAUGAGAAUUCACACUGGAGAGAAGCCCUUCACCUGCCAACAGUGUAAAAAAAGUUUCACUCAAAAACAAAACCUUAAUGUCCACAUGAGAAUUCACACUGGAGAGAAGCCCUUCACCUGCCAACAGUGUGGACAGAGUUUUACGAAUAAAGGAAACCUUAAUGCCCACCUGAGAAGUCACACCGGAGAGAAGCCAUUCACCUGCCAGCACUGUGGGAAGAGCUUUACACAAAAAGUAAACCUUGAGGUUCACCUGAGGCUUCACACCGGAGAGAGGCCUUUCAUGUGUCUUCAGUGUGAGAAGAGUUUCAUAUAUAAAAGGGACUUGAAACGGCAUUUGCCAAUUCAUUCUAGAAAGAAUUCAAAGUGUUCUGAGUGUGAGAGGUUUGGAAAAAGAAGACAUUUCAAAAAUCACCUUUGCAUUCAGUCUGGAGCAAGGCGGAUUAAUUGUGAUCAGUGUCAUAAAAAAAGUAUUUUGCCGUCACACAGAAAAAGCCUUCACACCUGGAAAGUCACACGUAUGUGAGACCCUGUUGGGGUUCUUUGUGUAGAGAGAGUUUUAAGUAGCUGCAAAAUUUAGAAUGGCACCAGAAAAUAUGUAUCUGUGUACAAUUAAAGCUAAGGUUGACAGUUUCUAUGCUACUAGUGUCACCUAGUGGAACUAUAAAAAUAAAGCAUGUUUUCAAACGCCCUUUAGAAGUGUCACACCUCCCCUAACUUAAACAUGGCAAAUACCGCUCUUACGGGUCUAUAAAGGUGAAGGCAUGUUGCAGCAGGUUUUAGGAGGCUACUUUCAACAAAAGGUCUAGCAUGUUAGCAACACGUGUAACUUGAAGUUUAGCUUGUGUUGAAA